AUGAUAAAAAACCCAAAUCCUUUAAAUGUGAAUGAACCAAAAUUAGGAAUGUAGAUCACAUAGCGUAAAAUGCUAGCAGAAGUAGUGAAUAAUAAGACUGUUGAGAAUGCCAAGAUAACAGAUAUUUGUUUUAACAAUUAGAAAUAUAAAACUUAAUUAGCUAGUAUAGAUAUUUCUGGAGUCUUGAAAAUUUGGGAUGUUGCAUAAAAUAGAUUGAUUCAAUAAUUUCAUGCUUCAAAUAUGUGGCUAACAACAGUAGAUGUAGAAAAGUAAGAAGGAAAGAAAGUAGCUUGUGGAACGUUAGAUGGGAAAGUAUUAGUUUAUGAGUAAAUAUUGUAAACUAAAAAAAAGAAUAAAUUAGAGUAAUAAAAAAGGAAAGAGCUUCAGCAAAGACAAGCCUAACAUUGAAUUGUUUGGUCACUCAGGUUCAAUAUAAUGUGUUUAGUUUUUGAGUCCAUAAUAUAUAAUUGUAUAGAAUAUAAUAUUAUAUAGGCAGGAUCAACAGACUCGUUAGUAUCAUUGUGGGAUUUAGAAAACCCUUAGAGAUAUUUAGCUAUCCAUCAAUAACAUACUGGAGAUGUUCUAUCUUUACAUGCCUAUGAAAAUGAUAGCAAUAUUUUUAUAUCUGGUUCUAGUGAUUUAACUUGUAAAAUUUGGGAUAUUAGAGUUAAAAAACCUGUAUAGGCAGAAUAUAAAGGUAUUAAUUUCUAUUUAGAAUAGGUCAUGAAUCAGCAGUAAAUGCAGUGAAAUUUAUUUAAAUGCCCUAACCAACUACAUUCGUUACUGGUAGUGAUGAUGCAUCAAUAAAUUUAUGGGAUUUAAGAAUGAAAGAUCCUAUAGUGUCAUUUUAGGAUAGUUGUUAUUAUGAUUCUAUUUAUUCAAUUGCUAUUUCAUUAAGUGGAAGAUAUGUAUUUGCAGCUAGUGAAAAUUCUACCUUGAAGGUCUUUGAUGUUUUAGGAGAUACCGAUGUCUAUACUAAUUUGGAUGUUGGACUUUAAUAAAAUGAUGGAUUAAUUAAAUCUAUUGAUAUCUCAGCUGAUGGCUAUGCUUUAGGAAUGGCAUUGGGUACUAAAAGCAACCAUAAGGAUUUAUUAGUGAUUAUGUGA